GUGCCAGAGAGAGUGUGUGUGUGCAGGGUAGAGGGAGUGUGCGGAAGACAGGGAGAGCGCGAGCGAAGGGAACGGGAACUGUAAGCCAGUCACAGUAUCUCCUUCCCACUGCACCAGCGGUGAUGGACAGCUCCUCUCCUCUCCUCUCCUCGCCGCUCUUCAAAAGGUUCCUAUUUAUUUUCAGUAGCUUUAGCUUUGUCUUCUGUACUUCACUCCAGGAAAUUAUUUUUGUCUGUUCAGUUAUUUAUUUGUCGUAAGCUCAGUUCGACUGGGGAAAUGAGAGACAGAGGACAGCACUGAAACUGGGACUGUCUCUGUACUGGUGGGGUGGUUUCUCUUGAUUUUGUGCCUGGGUUUUUGCUACGAGGUGCAGACGUAUUGUGUGGAAGAAAGAGUAGAAAGGCCAGAAAGCCAUGCCUCCCCUAAACAAAAAGCUCAUUUGAAUGGACAUGUAUACGUAAUAUUAUCAAUAGUGGAAACGAGGGGAGGCUGAUGUAAAGCGUUUUCACCCGUAGCUAUUUGGGGAAUGUCACUGGCAAAAAAGAACCAAAAACAAGUUGAAGGGAUAAAGAAGUGGAAUGCAGAUCCCACACCCAUCGCAGAGUGCGUCCUGAAAAGGAUUUCUAAGGCGACACAGUCAGAGGAGCUGAGACACUCAGAUGGCCUCUACCGGCUCUAGUACCCAUUGAUUGGGAUUGUGUGGAAGACUCUUGGCAACUCCAAAAUUCUUUGCCUCAAUCUUCUUUACAACCAGCAUUUGCCUCUCACAACCUUGAGGACGAAAGUUUCAGAAAAGUGUGUGGAUUGGGAUUUCAGAGAUCAAAGCUUGCGCACACAUAACAAAAUACGGAUUUUGCUGCGCCUCGUUUAGCCUCUCUCUGACUGGAGAGCAUUGUAAACAUAAUUCCUCCAGUGCUCUGUGGAACGAGAGCUGUGACAUUAACACCCGCCGAGAGCUCAGUGUUUUUCUAGCGUGUCUGUGUUUUGAUUCGGACAAUAGCUGAGCAUACAUGGGGUCAAUACUCGCUACUCCAAAAUAAGAGGAUGCAUACAACAGGACUGAAAACUAACUGCUGCACGCCAGACUUUAGAAGGGACUUUAUUAGAGGUAAAAACCAAACACAAUGGCUAAUGUGGAUGUAAAUACUCCUAUGACUUCUGGAUUUUCCCAUCUGCUCUUUUUCUGACGCUGAACAAGCUAUUUGAAAGCCGAAAUGGCAUGCUUGUGCUAACAGUAAAUGUUUUAACACUAUUUUCUCUUAUCGAUAGUCUCAAGAUAGGAGUCACAUGCUCCUUGUCUUAUUUAAUCAGCAGUAGGAUCUGCACCGUGUCUGCCUGCAUGCUUCUUCCCCACAUGUCAACUACCCUGCACCUCCUGUGCUUUUUGCCCUUGUGAGGACAGCCCCUGCCCUCAUCCCCUAGCCGCCCAGAGGCAGGAGAUGUGGCCAGGGACUGUCAGGGACCGCAGUGGGGAUCCCUGCCACCGGGAUAGAUGCUUGGUGUAACAUCGGCCAACCUUUUUUUGUUUGUGUAGGCAAUAUAUAUUUUUCUUUCUUCAACAAUAACCCCACUGGCUCUAAGCAUGACUGAUCAGAAAAGGAGAGCCAAGCUGGAACUCUUGUUUCCCUGUGGGCUGUAUUGAUUUUCGUCAGCCAGUGUUCAUUUGAUUGAGACCCAACUAUGUGAGAGCAGAGGUGAAAGAGAGAGCGAGGAUAAAGCUCUGUUUGCUGUGGGAGGCUACAGACAGACAGCAGGGGCGGACCAGUCUCCAGUUACAGACCAUCUGCAUCGCAGGUGGCACAGCACAAACCUGACCCACCAGGACCGCGCCCACAACAAUGAAUCAGUCAGCACUGACAACAGACCUGGUACCCACUGCCAACAGCAGCCUUGUGGACCCGGAUCCCAACCACUCUUGCCCCCUGGGCUGGGGCCAGAACGAAGGCCUGGAGGCCUGCGUCUUGGAGACUGCCGUCAUCGUGCUACUGACAGUGCUUAUCAUCGCUGGAAACCUGACGGUGAUCUUCGUGUUCCACUGCGCCCCCCUGCUGCACCACUACACUACCAGCUAUUUCAUCCAGACCAUGGCCUAUGCUGACCUGCUGGUAGGCCUCAGCUGCCUGGUCCCCACACUGUCCCUGCUGCACUACCCGGCCGGCGUCCAGGAGCCCAUCACCUGCCAGGUCUUCAGCUACGUCAUCUCGGUACUCAAGAGUGUCUCCAUGGCCUGCUUGGCCUGCAUCAGCAUGGACCGUUACCUGGCCAUCACCAAACCCCUGUCCUACAACCAGCUGGUGACGCCGUGCCGGCUCCGUGGCUGCAUCGCCCUUAUAUGGGUCUACUCCUGCCUGAUGUUCUUGCCCUCCUUCUUUGGCUGGGGCAAGCCGGGCUACCACGGAGACAUCUUUGAGUGGUGCGCCCACUCCUGGCCCACCUCGGCACUCUUCACAGGCUUUGUGGUGUGCCUGCUGUACGCGCCCGCUGCUCUGGUGGUCUGCUUCACAUACUUUCACAUCUUCCGCAUCUGCCAGCAGCACAAUCGGGAGAUCAGUGAGAGGCGGGCACGCUUCCCCAGCCAGGAGAUGGAGGCCGGGGAGGGAGGUGGCAGUGGCAGCGGCGGGGGGCACCACACGGGUCACGGGCCUGACCGGCGCUACGCCAUGGUGCUCUUCCGCAUCACCAGCGUCUUCUACAUACUCUGGCUGCCCUACAUCAUCUAUUUCCUUUUGGAGAGCUCCCACGUGCUGGACAGCCCCGCCCUGUCCUUUGUAACCACCUGGCUGGCCAUCAGCAACAGCUUCUGCAACUGCGUCAUCUAUAGCCUGUCGAACAGUGUAUUCCGCCUGGGCAUGCGCCGCCUCUCGCAGACACUCUGCUCCUUCAGCCACUGUGCAGCCGACGACAGGGACUUUGGAGAACCCAAACCCAGGAAGAGGCCAAAGUCCUGCUCCAUCUGAGGAGUUGCAGGCUAUUGUUAAAGAAGCCACACAUUUCAAAGGUUACAUCUUUACAAAGCUGCUGACCAUUCAAUUGACAGAGCUGUCCCAAAGAAAAAUAAUUUAGGCUCUGACGGUUUGUUUGAAGAAUACCAAUCACUUUGCUGUAGUCAUGCCAAGUCAUGAUUUAUGGGCAAAAAUGUGAUUGCUGAGAGAAGCUAGAUUUUUGUAAAGGUUUAGUUUCUGAACAACUAAGUGGAUGAGAGAUUGGCACUACAUUUUGACUUUAGACCUGCGAAGUGGGGUAUAGCUGGUAAAUCAAAUCAACGUUUAUUGGUUGCGUACACAGUUUAGCAGGUGUUAUAGCAGGUGCAGUGAAAUGCAUGUUACUAGCUCCUAACAGUGCAGUAAAAUAUCAAACAAGUACAAACAAAACCAAAAAAAYAAGAAAUGUCAGAACGAAUCAAAUUAACUCCAAUAUCAGUAAUCCAUAUGCUGUACAUGUACUGUAUGUACAGCCUUAUGUACAACAUCAUUCCACCAUGGUUACCAUGGUUACCUCAGGCUUUGACGUUUAUUUUGUUUUGUUUCUCGUCAGUCAGGUUAAGUAAAGGACAAAAUUAGGACAAAACACUUUCCUCACAUUGAUGGUGACCUCAUGAUUUUACUGUCUCUGAUUUCACAGUUUUGUGGACUAAAAUGUAUUGAAUUUGAAUGCCAAUAUUGGACUGCUACUAUAGGUCUGUGUUCUUAGUAGGCACACGAAGGCUGAAUUAGUACAGACAUUAACACGUAAUCCUCAUUUGCAUACACUCCCUUUAGGAGUUCACAUGUGCGUGCAAAUGGCUGACUAUUCAUUUACUGUAUAUACAUGCUCCUUGGCAAUGGUGGCGCCCACCACACUGAUGUACAUAACAGAUAGUUAGUUGCCUUGACCUGUUAUGACAAAGUUUUGCAGAGUUUGCAGAAGGUUUGUUAGCAAACACAACAUUGUUCAACGUGUGUUUAAAAGACUUUCGGUCAGCCCUAAACAGAGAGACGUGGUAGUCAAUUUGACGAGUUAAGCAAACUACAAAAAAAAACACACAGCUGGUUUAGUUUGAUUAGAUAUUUAUAUAUUUUGGCGUGGAACUUUUUAGUAAAAAAAAUAAAAUAAUCUUUGUCAAUGCCUCAGAUCCAGUAGCUGUUUAGAUGAAAGAGUGAUUGGUCAUGUCCACUAGUGAAUACUACUCUCUUUAUCUUUGGCUGCUCAUCAGAGUUCAGAGAGAUCGUCUCCACUCUACUUCAGCAUCAGCUUCAUAUGUAUGACUCUGUCCCCUUACCUUUUCCAUGCUAAGUGCAGAGACUGUUCCUUUUUAGGUGCAGUAAAUGCAUCAUGAUGACUGGUCUGGUUGUGUAAUUUAUUGUUUGAUACAGCACAGGUAUAGUCAUUCCAAGCUUUUCUCAUACAUUCCCAGAAUUUUGCAAUUUGUUUUUUUACAGAUAAUGUUGAAAUAUCCAUACAGGGGCACAUUUUCAGUAAUACGCAAGACUAUUGUGAGAUGAGAUUCUUAUGGUGUAGGCCAUGUGUAGGUAGACCUGUGUGGGGAAAAAAGCAGUACAGCCAACUUAACAAUUAAACUCUCUAUAUUGUGACUGUUUAUGUUCAACAUUAUGCUGCUUAACCUGUGUAUUCAUUCCUCUUUUUGCUUUACAGAUGGUUCUGUAUAUGUGCCUAAAGA